UUUGAAACGACGAAGUUUAAGUAACUAAUAUUGAUUCCAAAUGUAUUUAAAAUUACUUUUAUAACGUCAACCUGCCUACAAAAAUAUAAAUCUCCCGGUAUUAAGAUAAAAUAAUGGGCAUAUAAUUAGUUACUUAAAUGUAGCUAUUUUGCUUAUUUAUUUAUUACUUAUUUGUUUUAUUGUUAUAGGUGCAAAAUGACAGCGAAAAAAAGGUUUUCCGAAGAUUACGUUAAGUUUGGAUUAACCUUCAUAGAGAAAGACGAGUUACAAUUGCCUCAGUAUGUGAUAUGUAUGAAAGUUUGAAGUAAUGAUAGCAUGAGGCCCAAUCGCCUUGAAAGGCAUUUGAAGCAACAACAUCCUACUCUGGUUUUGAAGACGGAAGAGUUUUUUCUUCUAAAGCAAAAUCACUCAAGCGAGAGUGGACAAAUCGAAAUAACGCCAGACUUUGGACUCGGCUAUAAGGAUUAUAAACUACUUCAAGAGCAGCUCUUUGAACAGUCGGUUGCUUUACUUUGCGAGAAUCUCGAUUCUGAUCAUAAAGUUCUUCUGUUCCAUAUAGAAGUUCGCUGGCUGUCCAAAGGCAACAUGUUUGCUCGCCUUUAUGAAUUGAAGAAAGAGGUAAUUUUAUUUCUUGAGUUCAAAGAAAAACAAGAUUUCUUGACAAUGUACAAAGAUGACAUAUUUCAAUGGAGGUUGGGUUAUUUAACUGACAUAUUUGACUCCUUGAAUGAGCUAAACUUGAAACUUCAGGGCAGAAACAACACUAUAAUAAGCAAUUAUGAUUAUAUUCAGGCUUUCAUAUCAAAGCUUCAACUUUCAAGUGUCUUCUGA